AUGUCUCCGGGCUCCCUGAGCGACGCCGAGGAGCUGCCGGAGAUGGACCUGCGGGGGCUGCAGCUGGGCUACGCGGGGCCGCCCCGCUCCAAGCGGCGCCUCCGGGGGGAGCCCGGCCCCUCCGCGGACAACUCCUCCUCCGCCGCCGAGGAGGAGGACGACGACGACGAGGAGGAGGAGGACGAGGAGCGCGGCGCCGGGAAGAGGAGGCGGGACCCGCGGGCGGCCGGCCCGGGCGGCCAGAGGCCGGGGCCGGGCGGGCGCGGCGCCGGGGCCGAGGGCAAGCAGACGCAGCGCCACGCCGCCAACGCGCGCGAGCGGGCCCGCAUGCGCGUGCUGAGCAAGGCGUUCUCGCGCCUCAAGACCAGCCUGCCCUGGGUGCCGCCCGACACCAAGCUCUCCAAGCUCGACACGCUGCGCCUGGCCUCCAGCUACAUCGCCCACCUCCGGCAGCUGCUGCAGGACGACCGCUACGAGAAGGGCUACGGCCACCCCGUCAACCUGACCUGGCCAUUUGUGGUUUCAGGAAGACCAGAAUCUGACACCAAAGAGGUUUCUACAACCAACAGACUAUGUGGAACUACAGCUUAGUUAAAGAGAAAGCAAUACUCUUGCUGGAUGUGCCUGCAGAACCACCUGGUUUUUUAAUGGACUGAAUCA